AAGCUCCCAGCGUUAAAAACUCGCCAUCCCUCGACAGCCGCAGUAUUACUGCGAGUAGGAAGGAGCGCUAGUGUCUCGGUCCGAGCAGCGGGGCAGAGAGGUUAUUUAUAGGUAAGGUUUGCCAAUCAGCACAAUGAGUGGAAGGGCCGGCGACCUUAGCUCGAAGCAAGCCGAAGCCUUAGCGCAGUUUCGAGAGAACAUUCAGGACAUUCUGCCCAAACUUCCUGCUCAGCAUGACCACUUCCUACUGCGCUGGCUUAGAGCUAGAAACUUCAAUGUGCAGAAAGCAGAAGCGAUGCUCAGAAAGCAUGUAGAAUUCCGGAAACACAUGAAAGCAGACACUAUAACUACAGAUUGGCAACCUCCAGAGGUCAUCGAGCGAUAUCUCUCAGGAGGGAUGUGCGGCUAUGACAGUGAGGGCAGCCCCAUCUGGUACGAUGUGAUUGGCCCUGUGGACCCCAAGGGUCUCCUGCUUUCCGCCUCUAAACAGGACUUUCUCAAAUCCAAGGUGCGGGACUGCGAGUUACUGCAGAAGGAGUGCCAGCUGCAGACGGAGAAGAUGGGUAAGAAUGUGGAGUCCAUCACCAUGAUCUAUGACUGUGAAGGACUGGGCCUGAAGCACCUCUGGAAGCCAGCCAUUGAGGCAUAUGGAGAGGUCCUCACCAUGUUUGAGGAUAAUUACCCAGAGGGGCUUAAGAGGCUGUUUGUAAUUAAAGCCCCCAAACUCUUCCCUGUGGCCUACAAUCUCAUCAAGCACUUCCUGAGUGAGGACACUCGCCGCAAGAUUGUGGUAUUGGGAGCUAACUGGCAGGAGGUCCUGCGGAAACACAUUGACCCAGACCAGCUGCCCGCCUGCUACGGAGGCAACCUCACUGACCCCGAUGGUGACCCCCGCUGCAAAACCAUGAUCAAGUACGGCGGGGACGUGCCCAGGUCUUACUACGUCCGGGACUCGGUGAAGCAGCAGUACGACCAGACCGUCUCCGUCAGCCGCGGCUCCUCGCACCAGAUGGAGUGCGAAAUUCUUUUCCCAGGCUGCGUGCUGCGGUGGCAGUUUUCCAGCGAAGGGGCCGACAUCGGUUUUGGGGUCUUCAUCAAGACGAAGGUGGGCGAGAGGCAGAAGGCGGGAGACAUGCUGGAGGUACUGCCCAGCCAGCGGUACAAUGCGCACCUUGUGCCUGAAGAUGGCACCCUCACGUGUUUGGACCCUGGUGUUUAUGUGCUGCGGUUCGACAACACCUACAGCCUGUUCCAUUCCAAGAAGAUCAGCUUCUCGGUGGAGGUUCUGUUACCUGACAGCCAGUCGCCGACCCAGCAGAAUGGGAGCAGAGCUGAGACGGGGACAGAGCUCCACACCAAUGGGCAGUAGCAGGGUGAGCACAGGCGUGACGGACCGCACCACGCUGGCUCUUGUGGAGCACCACGCCCUCGGCCCAGCUCUGCACUGUACGUGUCCCAGCAAGCAUGACCCCUCCUCCACUCGGAGAUCCUUCAUCGCAUUAGAAACUUCACAGUGCUCACGAAAGACGCAGACAGUCGUCGAGGAAGAGAGAUCUCUCCAUGGAGACUAAUUUAAAAAACAAUCAUUGUUCUGCUGUAUUCCGGUUUCACUUGAAAGUUUGUAGAUGAACUGUUUCCAGGCAAAAUCCUUCAGGUGAAGCAGAGAGAAAUGAACACUCUCUGUCCCUGUUAUGCACACUUCUUUUAACAAACCUUCCUAUGCCAGAACUGUUUGGAAAUCAUACAAUUAGCACCAUUUUACCAGCCCAUGUUAGUGCUUUGUGAUUUUCUUUUUCAAAUUUGAUUUGAAUGCAGUGUUUUUAAUUGACACAUGAACUGAUCAGGCAUUGUAUUAUCCAGUUACUCUGGUAAAGUCACUGAAAUCCAAUUUUGCGAAGAUUCAAUACACUUUAAAUGGGCCGUAUCUCAUUUGGACUUUUUAGUUCCAUUUUGUGUGUUUUUUGCAUUUUAUGUGCAUGAGAGAUUAAAAACAGUACUGUGGUGAAAG